AUGUCUGAGCUCUUUUCUCCCGAACAGGCUAGCAGCCAUCCCUACUUCAACCUGCCUGACUUCACCCAACCAUCACCGCCCUCCACUCCGUCCAGCCUGCCCUCGAACCAGCGCUGCUGGCCCUCUGAUGCCACCAAGGGCCUGCUAGUGGCACUGCUGGGUGGGGGUCUGCCUGCUGGCUUUGUGGGCCCCUUCUCCCGUAUGGCUUACCAGGCCUCUCACUUACCCUCGCUGGAGCUGCUCAUCUGCCGAUGCCUCUUCCACCUUCCCAUUGCCCUGAUACUUCAACUACGUGGUGAUCCACUGUUGGGACCUCCCGAAGUCCGGGGCCGGGCCUUCGUCCACGCCCUGCUCAACGUCCUCAGCAUUGGAUGUGCCUACAGCGCGGUGCAGGUGGUACCUGCUGGCAACGCUGCCACCGUCCGCAAAGGUUCUUCCACGGUCUGCUCUGCUCUUCUUGCUCUCUGCCUGGAGAGCCAGGGGCUCAGCGGCUAUGACUGGUGUGGCCUAUUGGGCAGCACUCUGGGAUUAAUCAUCAUUGUGGGACCUGGACUAGGGACACUACAGGAGGGGACCACGGGCCUCUACACUGCCCUGGGUUACGUGCUCGCUUUUCUGGGUGGCCUGGCACUGUCCCUAGGACUUUUGGUAUAUCGCUCGCUGAACUUUCCCUCUUGCCUGCCAACAGUGGCCUUCCUGUUUGGCUUGGUAGGACUGGCGGGCUCGGUGCCAGGCCUAUUUCUGUUGCAGACCCCCGUGUUGCCCUAUGACCCUCUGACUUGGAGCUGUGUCGGGGCUGUGGGAAUACUUGCUCUGGUCUCCUUUGUGUGCGUAAGCUAUGCGGUGACCAAGGCCCACCCUGCCCUGGUGUGUGCUGUCUUGCACUCGGAAGUGGUGGUAGCUCUGAUGCUGCAGUAUUAUGUGCUCUAUGAGACCGUGGCACCUUCUGACAUCAUGGGCGCAGGGGUUGUACUGGGCAGCAUUGCCAUCAUCACAGCCCAGAACCUCAGCUGUGAGAGGGAAGGGCAGGUGGAGGAGUGAGAGACUGUAUCUGCGAGCCUGGGGGUUGGGGGGGCAGGGGUAAAACAGGAAGAGUCUGAAAUAAAAACAUGAGAACAAGUGACCAGAAAAGAACUGGUGGGGAGAGGAGUGCCUGGAAGACCUGGAACAAGCCUGGGAACCAAGAGAUGUGAAGUCUGGGCCGGGUUUGGGGAUGAGGGCAAAUGAGAAGGGGUAAGGAGCAGAUAUAUGGGGCUGAGGCGGGCAGGGCAGUUAAGAUCCAGGGGAAGGAUUUUCCCUAAGCAGUAGGGAGAGCACUGGGACUUUCAGGCAGAGAUCAAGCAGCUGCACUGGGGGAAGGGAAUAUGCCUUUUUUUUUUUUUCCCCUCCCACCAGCGGUUUCCUUUCCUCCCUUCCUCGUGGUUGUACUUCCCCUCCCCCUCUCGGAUGGUGACGUGACAUUGACAUCAAACAGGGAUAGCUCUGAAAGUGCCUGUGCAGUCAGCUCUGCUUUGGAAGGAGAGUGGAAGUCCUGCACCACUCUUAUUGGAGAAUCCCUAGGGAUCCCCGUCCACACCCUCAUCUUAUUUCUGAAAUAUUCCAGAAGGGGGAGGAUUUCUUAAUCUUCAAAUGCCUCGACCAUGAAUCCCUCAGGACCUAUGUCCCGCCCCAAGGCUAAUCUCCUUUUCCCGGUUCGUCGCGGUCCCGUGAUCUCUCCCGGACUGUAGCCAGCCUCCUUCCGGAGCAGGGUCUCGAGCCGACGCUUCUGCGAGUGCUGAGAACCGGGGAUCCAGGACCAGAGCUCCGUACAGCGCUCCAUUAGAGGCCCGGAGAUGCCUACCUGUCCCCGGAGGCCGCUCAACAAAUAUCAAGCCAUUUUGAUCUGUUCAUGCAUAUUCAGCGAAUUACUGCAUAUUCAUGAUGAAGGACGGCCCCUGCACUUCCCCCCUCCCGGAACCUACUUGGGAUGACCCGAUCGGCCCCGCCUCUCCAUUACGGAUUCUCAGAACAGACUAUUUUCCAGAGGGGGGAAACAAAAAUACCGAGAGACUUGUUGAAGAUGAAACCACAUUCCAAACUAGAAUAAAAGCGGCCUGUAUUUACCCUCGAAUCUUCAAGCCUUAAGCUUUAGUGCGGGAGGGAGCAGCGAAGGGAGGCGACGAGGUAUUGAAAAGUUCUCCUCCCCCCCUGUCAUU